AUGGCAAAUGUCCUCACUGGAUCUGCUUCAUUGGAUGAACACAAAAAGAAGGUUCAAAAACAUCAUCCUUGGAGAGUGGAGAUCGACACAUUGCCCAACUACAUCCUCAGGUGUGAGAAUACUAAAUCAGGGUGCCCAGGCAGUACUUAUGGUCCUUUCUGCCAAAAGAUGUGUAAAUGCAUGAAUGGAGGCCAUUGUGACCCCCUGCUUGGCACCUGCAACUGCUCCCCUGGCUUCAUUGGCAAAGACUGUGGUCAGGUUUGUCCCCAGGCAAAAUAUGGCCAUAAAUGUCAGCUAACCUGUGCCUGCAAAAAUGGUGGGAUUUGUAAUCCUAUCGAUGGAAAUUGUACCUGUGGACUUGGCUGGACAGGCAAUUACUGUGAGGAGGCAUGCCUUCCUGGUACAUAUGGUCCAAACUGCCAUUUUAACUGUUCUUGUCAGAACAAUGGGACUUGUAAUAGGUUUACCGGCUUCUGUCAAUGUCCAAAGGGUUACUAUGGGAACAAUUGUGACCACCAAUGCCCUCCUGAAUUUUAUGGCUUGGACUGUGCUCACCCUUGUGACUGCAGAAAUGGAGCCAGGUGUGAUGCUGAGAAUGGCAAGUGCAUCUGUCCUACAGGUUACAAUGGCAGCCGCUGUGAAAAAGAGUGCCCAUUUGGAACCUUCGGAGAUAGGUGCCAACAAUUUUGUGACUGUGAAGGCACAGGACCCUGCCAUCCUAUUACUGGGAAAUGCUUUUGUUCCCCUGGAAGAACUGGAGACAGAUGUGAUCUUGAAUGCAAAUCAGAUCGGUAUGGGCCCAAUUGCUCUCUGCAGUGCCAGUGUUCCCCAGGAUCCCAAUGCAACCCUCAGAAUGGGAACUGUGUAAGCCCCUUGAAAAGGAUGGAAGCGACCUCUGAAGAAAAUGACCUAGAGAAGAAAUAGCCCAGAAUGAAGGUUCUUUAAUGCAUUUCAAACCCAAAAAAAAAAAAAAAACAAAAUUCUAUGUUACACUCAGUGUAGUCAACCAGUCUUUCUCAAUGGGUGAGGAAGAAUGGAAUCCACACUAUGGAAAUCUGGCCCUUGCUUGACUUUCUGCUUCUAUACUUAUAAACAC